GCCGCAUUUCCAUUGUAUCAAAUGGCGGCGUGUCGGCCCUACAACGAUGGCUCGCGACGGCGGCGCCGUCGCGAAUGCGACAAGAAGGGUGCAAUAGGCGUACGUGUUGAUAAAGGACCUAGUGGCAUGGAUCUCUGGAAUUCAAAGUACGACUACGUUGAAGACGCGGGGAACGACUGGGACCUCACGACCGACAGCUCCGUGACCACGUCGACACCAUACAAGCAAACGUCAGCAUCGCCGCUGCUUCGUCGACGCCUGUCCGAAGCGCUUGCUCCUGGAAACGAAACGCACGCCUUGUAUCAUCCCACGACACCCACGUACAAACGAAUGCCGUGGAGGGCUCCUCACUCCACGCCAAAACUGGACGACAACUCCACCGACGCAACGUCAACCGCCCAUCUCAUGGAUGCACUGCAUGCGUCUCGACACAAGCGAUCAACUCCACCGUUCACGAUUGAUUCCAGUCCAUCCACAUUCACGUUCUUUGCUGACAAUCACCUCGCAGCAUGGGCCGACGAAAGGCGGCACCAUCCAACGAAACACUCGAAUGACUUGAUCCCAUUGAGCUCGAAGGCGGCCCAUACCAUCUAUGAUGGCCGCGUCGCGAAACACAAACGCAUCGGCGAGCUCCUCGGCGUCGCAAAGCCACCAGGUCCGUGGACUCAUCCGUCAACACCAAGUUCAAUGCACGCCGGGAAAGGGAACGGCAUGCCAGCGAUCCGACAUCCUCCUCCAUCAGCAUCGGCAUAACAUCGCAGGACACUAAUGCUGGUAACUAUUUAUUGCUCCUGUCCACGACACCGGACG